GAGCCGAGAGCCGAGCUCGGAACUGACUGCAAACUUCAGUGGCGCGGCGACUCACCAGUUUCACCCCGGGAACUUUCCUUUGCAGGAGGAGAAGCGAAGGGGUGCAAGUGCCCCACUUUUGCUUUCUUCCCCUUCUCCUCUUCUUCUUCAAUUCGUCUUCCCCAUUUGGAGCGGGCAGCUGCGGACCCGCCACCCAGCGCCUAGCUAAGUGCUCGCUGCUGCAGCCAGGUGACGCGCCAAGCUUCUUGGGAGCCGCUCGCUCCGCGUCCGCGUCCGGGCAGCCGAGGGGAGAGGAGCCCGCGCCUCGAGUCCCCGAGCCGCCGCGGCUUCUCGCCUUUCCCGGCCUCCCGCCCCCUGCCCCGGGCCUGCGUAUGAAUCUCCUGGACCCCUUCAUGAAGAUGACCGACGAGCAGGAGAAGGGCCUGUCCGGCGCUCCCAGCCCCACCAUGUCCGAGGACUCGGCUGGCUCGCCCUGCCCAUCAGGCUCCGGCUCCGACACCGAGAACACGCGGCCCCAGGAAAACACAUUCCCCAAGGGCGAGCCGGACCUGAAGAAGGAAAGCGAAGAGGACAAGUUCCCUGUGUGCAUCCGCGAGGCGGUCAGCCAGGUGCUCAAGGGCUACGACUGGACCCUGGUGCCCAUGCCGGUACGCGUCAACGGCUCCAGCAAGAACAAACCGCACGUCAAGCGGCCCAUGAACGCCUUUAUGGUGUGGGCGCAGGCGGCGCGCAGGAAGCUGGCCGACCAGUACCCGCACCUGCACAACGCGGAGCUCAGCAAGACGCUGGGCAAGCUCUGGAGACUGCUCAACGAGAGCGAGAAGCGGCCCUUCGUGGAGGAAGCAGAGCGGCUACGCGUGCAGCACAAGAAGGACCACCCGGACUACAAGUACCAGCCACGGCGGAGGAAGUCGGUGAAAAAUGGGCAGGCCGAGGCCGAGGAGGCCACGGAGCAGACGCACAUUUCUCCCAACGCCAUCUUCAAGGCGCUGCAGGCCGACUCACCGCACUCCUCCUCGGGCAUGAGCGAAGUGCAUUCCCCUGGUGAGCACUCGGGUCAAUCGCAGGGCCCACCGACUCCACCCACCACCCCCAAAACCGACGUGCAGCCGGGCAAGGCUGACCUGAAGCGAGAGGGGCGCCCCCUGCCAGAGGGAGGCAGACAGCCCCCCAUCGACUUCCGUGAUGUGGACAUCGGCGAGCUGAGUAGCGAUGUCAUCUCCAACAUUGAGACCUUCGAUGUCAAUGAAUUUGACCAGUACCUGCCGCCCAAUGGCCACCCGGGGGUGCCGGCCACGCAUGGCCAGGUCACCUACACCGGCAGCUAUGGUAUCAGCAGCACCGCAGCGACAUCCGCCGGCGCCGGCCACGGGUGGAUGUCCAAGCAGCAGGCACCACCGCCGCCCCCGCAGCAGCCCCCGCAGGCCCCUCAAGCCCCCCAGGCACCCCCGCAGCAGCAGGCGGCGCCCCCACAGCAGCAGGCAGCGCCCCCACAGCAGCAGCAGGCGCAUACGCUGACCACGCUGAGCAGCGAGCCGGGGCAGUCCCAGAGAACCCACAUCAAGACGGAGCAGCUGAGCCCCAGCCACUACAGCGAGCAGCAGCAGCACUCGCCGCAGCAGAUCGCUUACAGCCCUUUCAACCUCCCUCACUACAGCCCCUCCUACCCGCCCAUCACCCGCUCGCAGUACGACUACACCGACCACCAGAACUCGGGCUCCUACUACAGCCACGCAGCGGGCCAGGGCUCUGGUCUCUACUCCACCUUCACCUACAUGAACCCCGCCCAGCGCCCCAUGUACACACCCAUUGCCGACACCUCGGGGGUCCCGUCCAUCCCGCAGACCCACAGCCCUCAGCACUGGGAACAACCCGUCUACACACAGCUCACCAGACCAUAAGGAGACCUUAAACAAAGGGCGAUGAUGGCCGAGAUGAUCAU